AUGGAUAUUCGUGAGGGCUUUUCCGGGCGCGUCAUCUUCAUCACAGGCGGGACCGGUUUCGUCGGAAAAGUUUUAUUGUACAAAAUUCUCAAGGAGUUCGAUGAUGUGCGCACCAUCUAUUUACUUAUGCGCGGGAAAAAGUCUCGGCAGUACAACCGCUAUCUGAAAAUGCAGGAACGCCUAGAUUUGGAGUUAUUAACGUCCCUGUGUUUUGAACCCAUUCGCAAGGCUGUCGGCGACGCGAAGUGGAAGGAGAUGUGCAGCAAGAUCAAGCCCAUGGGUGGCGAUAUCACCGAGGACCAUCUUGGGUUGUCGGAAGAAGAUCGCACCACGAUUGCGAAUGAGGUUAACUUCAUAUUCCACAUAGCCGCCACGGUAAACUUUAAUGAGCGGCUUGAUUUGUCGGUGCAGAUGAACACGUUGGGUCCGUUGCGAAUGUUGGCGUUGGCUAAAACUUGCAAGAAGCUUGAGGCAGUAGUGCACGUGUCGACCUGCUACGUCAACUAUCAGCGUCAAGGCACCGAUAACGUGAACGAGGAGGUGAUUUACCCGCUGCCGUUCGACGCGGAGGAGAUUGUCAAGGCGAUCCUGAGCAUCCAUCCUUCCGAGCUCAAGACGCAGACCGAUCAGUACUUGAAACGGCUGAGCUUCCCCAACACGUACACCCUUACGAAGAAUAUGGGCGAGAAGCUCCUGGAGAAGUACCGCGGCGAUGUACCGCUCGCCAUUGUGCGGCCCUCGAUUGUUGGGUGCAGCUACUACGAGCCGGUGCCAGGUUGGGUCGACGUCCUCACGGCCGCCGGGGGCCUCAUCCUCACUGUUGGGUUUGGUGUCGUGAAGGAGCUGUUGUGCGACGCCAAUAAGGUGUGUGAUAUUGUUCCCGUAGAUUUCGUGGUGAACAUCAUGAUCAAGGCCCUUUUCCAGACGCAGCAGUCGCGCAGGGCACGGAACUUGCUCCGACAGGCCGAGGCCGAGGAGGGGGGGAAGCCCGCGGCGUUUCGGGCCGGCAGCCCUGCCGGAACGGCUGUCAUUAUGGGUACCCCUCUGCCGGUCGUCGCGCAAUGGGGCAAGGCAGGCCCGAAGACCGCGAUGCCAGCGGCGGUUGCGACGCCGACGCAGCAGGCGGCUCUUAGCGAGAUCCAACCAUCCGAGGUGGAGCAGGAGCGUUCGAUACCCACGCCCGAGCCGUUGGUGAUUUACCAUGCGGCGAUGUCGGGCUCGCAAAACCGCGUCACCUGGGGCCGCGUGAAGGAUGCCAUAAACAACUAUAUCCUCUCGGAAAGGCGCCACCCGAAGUCGAUGAGUCGCUGCGGUGUGCUCUUGACGACCUCUAAGAAAUACUAUAUGCUGCGUUACCAUCUGAUGCGCUACGCGCCUUAUAUGGCACUGAGACUUCUCGUUAAGCUACCCGAGCCGGUCGGCUCCCCGAAGAAGCAGAAGCAAAUAAUGAGGUUGGGUAGGGCGGUACAUCGUGCCGACAUGUUAAAUUGGGAGUUUUACGAUUUUAUGACCAAUGAGUGGACGUUUUCAUGCAUGAAUACCAUGAAGUUAGAUGACGGAUUGAAUGAGCGCAGUAAAAAGCUGUUCGCGUUUGAUCCUUACGCAAUCAAUUGGUUUGUGUAUGUCCAAUUGUACAUGUACGGCAUGUUCAAGUAUAUCGUGAAGGACACCGCAGGGUUCAAGUGUCCCGCGCAUCAACCUUCAGGGAGUGACGUGUUUCUGAAAGCGUCCUUGUAA